UAAACAAUUAGAACGAGGUGGAGCCUCGAUGUUUAUGUUUGUCUCAUAUUGAGGAGAUAUCUAAACCCAGAAAGAGGUUCAAGCGGUUCUAUGACGUAACAAGCUUUGAGUAUAUUUGAGAAAUGAUAAACCUCUUCGCGUACUUCAGAACCAGUAUUUUUUAUAUUUAGAGCAAAUAUGAAGGUCUUUCUGCGGAAAAUAUGUACGUUUUGGUUUUUAGCUCGGUUAACAGUUAACUUAGCAGCGCUACAAAAUGAAAAGUUGACUAGCUGUUCAUGGUGGCAAAAGAAGAAAGAGAUAAAAAUGUACCAUACAAAUCUCUGUGCUUUCGUUUUCCUUACACUAGGUUUCAGCCCGCGUUUGAUACAGCUGAAUCACUGACUUGCUGACAUUUUUAAAAUAUUCUUUUCGUCAUCUCUGCUUAACCGCCAUUAUUUUUCAUUCUAAAAAUAGCAUUACAACUUUAAGUUUUUUACUGUGAGAAUAGAGCUUCAAUGAAACAAAGAGUGGGCGUUACCGCUUAAAAUUUAGAAAUUGUAGCCGUAGUCGUGAGAGCUGGAUGAUUGUUUUUAACGCGAUUGUCUUCACCCCAUGCCAUAUAAUACUUUAAUCUCUAAAUGUUCUUUUAUAAUACUUUUAGAGUAAAAAGAACAGUAUCAAGAUUAAAUUCAACUGAAGAAUGCUGGACUUAGUAUAUAAUUUUCUUUUCAAAGUGCACUGUUCUUUCAUACAAUUUUCUCUCAAACGGUAUGCUUACCUGGUGUCAUGUUUCGGCAAAAUAAUUUUAUUACCAUCUUUUUACAUCUUUUCUGAUAUUUCAGGAAGGUUGCUGUUUUAAUACUAAUACUGCACCAAGUAUUAUGUUUUACCGAAAAUUUGGAGUUAUGCCACCAAACAAAAGUAGAACAUGUCUUCCCCUCUGCGAUUCCUGUUUCGAAUUAGUUCAGAAAACUGUGGAAGCUAACAUAAAAAAGGAUAACUCAAAUGAAAGUUCUAACAAUUGUAGUUCAAAAAUAAAAUUUGGUAGUGAAUUGAAUUUACUAGAAGAAAGUCACUUUGAAAACAAAGAAUCCACUCCUGAAGAUAAAGAUAUGAUCGUGUUGUCACUGGCCAAGAGGUAAAUGAUUGAAAGAUGAUUUCAUGGAGGAACAUUGCAUCUUAGUAAAUAAUUAUUUAUUGAAUAUGGGUAGCUCUGAUCCAAAUGAAUUGAAAACAUCUGUGAGAUUUCUUAGACGCCAAUGGUUGAAGGAAGUGAGUAACAAAAAAGCUAACACAGAAGUGAUCAGUUUUUUAAUGUCGUAUUUUCAAGCAUUUUCUGACAAUCUUCUUAAAAUGAUGGUAUGCACAACAGAUAUCACGGGAAAUAAUGUGCUUCAUUUUGCAUUUAGUAACAACAGAUUUGAUAUUGCAGAGUUGUUUCUUACGAAUGGUUAUGCGAAAGAUUUGCUCACAAUGAAAAAUAAGGCUGGACACACCGCUUUCAUGGUUUGCUCUAUAUCCAAUCCCGGAACAGAAAUGGACUGGUUCAUAGUUUACAAGGCUUUAAGGCAAGUUGAUCUCAAUCAAGCAUCCAAUAGCAAUGGACAAACGCCAUUAAUGAAUGCAGCUCGCUAUGGAUCCGAUUUGAUGGUCAAACUACUAACAGACGCAGGAGCUAAUCCUAAUAUCCAAGAUAUUGAUGGGUCCACAGCACUUAUGUACGCAGCCGAAUAUGGUCACGAGAAAUGCGCCGAGCUCCUUCUAAACAAUCCAUUAUGUGAUCCAAAUAUUAAAGAUAAUGAUGAAGAAACAGCCUGUUCUAUAGCCCUUGCAGCCGGUCAUAAAGAUGUAGCUUUAUUAAUUUACUUAAAGACAAAGAAUAGGAGUACACUGUGUUCGAGAAUCGACUCACUGAAUAAUAGCAAGAAUGCUGAAAAGUGCAGAAAAAUGAGCCUCAAUCAUUUCUUUUAAGACAGUAGGUUUUUGUUCAUUAAAUCUAUAAAAAUUAAACGAAAUCUGCUUUGUCA